AGGGUGUGGCUACACAAUUAAUGUAAAAAGAAGACAAGAAGACAUGCAUAUGUAGUUCAGGGUACACAUGCAGUUUCAUAAAACAGCAAGCCACUAAUUAGUGAUAGAUACAGCCACACCACACUACAGACAGACAAAAUGCAAUUAGUACCACACAUUAGGCAACAUCACAUGUCAGAUUUCUUAGAAGAGCUAUUAAAAAUGGCAGAGAGUGCAGUGAAAGAAGAGCUCAUUUGCUUGGACAACUUUAACAAUCCCAAAGUGUUGCCCUGUUGUCACAGCUUCUGUCUCCAUUGUCUGAAGGGAGCUCACGAGAGAACCAAAAACAAGAAUGGCCUAACCUGUGCUGAAUGCAAAGCUAAACAUCAGGUUCCUACCAAUGGUCCCCGUGGUUUCCCAGACAAUUACACCCUUGCCAAUCAGAAAUGUAACCCUGCUACAACCACACCAGUUUGUGAGCAAUGUGAUGAUAGCAACAAACCAGUGGCGUACUGCCACACCUGCUCAGACUACCUGUGUGAUGAGUGCUUGAAAGCUCACAGAAGAGUAAAAGCUGUUCGAGAUCACAAGACAGUCAAUAUCACUCCUGGAAAUGCUCUUGAUAUCGAGCCCCAAGCAAACAAGAGCUAUUCGUGCAGUGUUCAUCACGAAAAACCACUAGAGCUUUACUGCAAGGAUUGUAAGAGCUUGGCCUGCCUCCUGUGUCUUGCGGGGCUACACAACCGUCAUGACAUUGGAAGCAUCGAUGGUAAAGCAAGACAAGAAGUGGAAGAAACCACCAAAGACCUAGUAAAAAAAACAGAUUCGAAAUUGACAGAAUUCAAAUACACUUUGAAAUAUGUUUCUGCAGUUGAAAAGGAAAAAGCAGAAGCUCCCAUUCCACUCAAAGCUCAAGUCGAUAAGAAAGUUGAUGGUCUCAUCCAACAACUUGAAGCAAGGCGUAAAGAACUACACAAGGAGAUAGACGAUGCUUGUACGAAGGACCUCAAAGAAUUGUGGGCACAGAAAGAAUAUCACAAGAGAGCCAUUACGAGCAUGGAGGGUGCUCUGAGCUUUGCCAGAAGAGCUCUAGCCUGCAAGGAAGACACAGAACUACUGGCCCUUUGUGCACAAGUCACUAUCAAAAUGGAAAUGCUGAGUCAGCUAAAAUCGGACAGUCAAAAUACAGAGAAAAUCGAAAUGAAAAACGUCAAAUUCAAAGAAACUAAUGAACAGGAAACUGAUACGGUUGGGGAUAUACAUGUACAAACGUUUACGCCAGAUAUAAAAAUUAGGACCACAGAGCUACAAAAACGCGUUCCAUUUUCUGAGGGUUGUAGUAUUUCCUUUCAAGUAACGGCAGCAGUGAAUUUUAAAUGUAAAACUCCUAAGCUAACUGCUUCAGCAACAUAUACAGCCCUGUACUAUGACUAUGAAUACGGUCAAGACACAUAUAAAUGUAUAACUGAAGAAAAUGCUACAGCAAACAGUUGGACGGUCAAGUUCACUCCUAAAGAAACAAAUACUUACACGAUUACACUUCAAGUCAAAGGGCAGUAUGGAGCCACAUACCUACGCAAAACUUUGGACUACCAGAUCGAAGUACAUGUACAUUAUAGUGCACUAGAGGAGGAGCAAAUGGAAGUACAUGAGAAUAAAUUGAGUUGGUAGAACUGCAUCAUACAAUAAUUACAUGACAAUGUUUUGGUUACAUAAAUGUAUAAGAUCGCAUGUUCUAAGUGUAA